AUGUUGAAAAAUGAAAACACGCUGCGACAGUACCUAUGUGCUUUUGUUGAAGCCAAAGCUAGUCCGACCAUAUUGGAAGUCUACAUCAUCUCAGCUGAGGACUCUGACGCUGGUCGUAUCGUCAAUUACUGGAACAAGGGCAACACAUUGGUUCGGGUAUUAAAUAAACUCUCGCCUGUAGAUAUCCCACCAGUCCAAGUGAGACUUAUUGGAGACUGGAAUGACGAACAGAACCUCAAGGUCAGCAUCCUUGACGAGAUGAGAGAUAACCCUUGGCCUGAGGUUCAAUAUCGCAACCAGCUCGCGGAUUUCGAAACCGCCCUCUUGCCUUUCACCAAGCUCCCAAGCUGGACAUGCUGCCUCCCGUCAGACCUCGAGCGAACAAUUGCUCACUUUGCUGUCGAAAACGGCCCUGACCACCUGUACCAGCUCUGGAAUGAUGCCAGUAAAUGGACACCUGAAUGGGAUCAUGUCGAUGGUCCUAUUCAUACCGGCGCUGAGGUGGAUGACGAAUGGCAUGUGAACGCGCGGUUUUUGAUAGAGAGCUGUCUCGAUAAUGUUCUGGGUGAGACAGGUGACCUCCUCCGCCGAGACAGAUUCAUGAACUGGUUUCCAGACGGUGCAGACAUCAAAGAAAUCUGUACAUCUGCAUACGAGACGCAGUACUUGGGUGAUAUCAUCAAACAUCCCCGCCUGGCCGGGGUUCAUGAUCGGUUUUUGACCAUAUUGUUCGCCGAUACCUAG